AUUUGUCAAAGCAGCCAUUUUUUAUGUAUACCAACAGUGCUGUCUGGUUGUGGUUCGGCAAAACCGCACUGUUCCCCAUUCUCCCAUAUAAGUUGACUCAUGUACGGCGCUGUCCUCGCAACCAUCUGACAAACGUCAAUAGCGUUACCAUCAUUUAACGUGCAGCUUCCACUUCUUCAGUGUUUGUGUUUUGGAAUUAGGUUAGGUGAUGUUAUAUUUGUGGUUAUAUUGAUGAUUUUCGUUAUUCUUGAUUUCGCAGGAUUUUCAUAAUUUUCAGAUUGCUCCGUCAAUAGAAGUAUUCUUUAUCAAGUAGAAAGUGAAGUUUUACAAUGGCAGACUCUGCUGGAAAUUGGUGCUUGAUCGAGAGCGACCCAGGAGUAUUCACUGAAUUGAUUCGAGAAUUCGGAUGCAAAGGAGUGCAAGUAGAAGAACUUUGGAGUUUGGACGGAGAACAAUUUGAAAGCCUGAAGCCAAUCCAUGGAUUGAUUUUCUUGUUCAAAUGGACUAAGGAUAAUGAACCAACAGGAUCCUUAGUACAAGACAGUAGACUAGAAAAGAUAUUCUUUGCUCGGCAAGUGAUAGAGAAUGCAUGUGCAACCCAAGCAAUACUGAGUGUUCUUUUAAACUGUCGACACUCAGAUUUGAAACUAGGAAGCACACUGUCAGAUUUAAAAGAAUUCUGCCAAGGAUUUGAUGCAAAUAUGAAAGGACUCACAAUAAGCAAUUCCCCAGUAAUAAGAACUGUUCACAACUCUUUUGCUAGGCAACAGCUGUUUGAGUUUGAUCCUUCUACGUCUAAUAAGAGUGAAGAUGUGUUCCAUUUUGUGAGUUAUGUACCUAUAGAUGGAAGAUUGUACGAGUUAGAUGGUUUAAAACAAGGGCCGAUAGAUUUAGGGGCUAUUCCUGCUGAUACUGAAUGGACAGACAUAGUGAGGCCUAUCAUUGAGAAACGAAUACAGAGGUACAGUGAAGGAGAGAUCCACUUCAACCUUAUGGCGAUAGUAAGUGAUAGAAAAAUGAUAUACCAAAAACAAAUAGAAGAAAUCCAAAAGCAGGUGGAAGCGUCCGGGAUGGAAACUGAUGCUCAACAAGCUGAAAUCGCGAAGUUGCGAUUGUUGAUAGGCGAUGAAGAGAAGAAGCGACAGCAGUACCAGAUUGAGAACAUUCGGAGAAAGCACAACUACCUACCGUUGAUAGUGGAAAUUCUAAAGAUUUUGGCCAAGGAAGGAAAACUGAUGCCUUUGUAUGAACAAGCCAAGGAGAAAACAAUGAAGAGACAAAAGACAAAAGCUACCAGCUAAUUUGUGUUCAGAUUAAUAGAUCUUUUUUUAAAUACUGUACAUCUUUAUUUCUCUAAAUCAAUCAUAUGUAAGUUGAGUAAACCUGCUUAAUAAGGGAGGAUUCUAAGUCCUUGCCUUGUGCGAGCAGGAGUGAUGAUCCAAUAAAAGCUUACAAUCACUUUUACUCAAAAAGAUUGCCUUUUGGUUAGAAGACAGUUCAAUGAUUUUUGAUGAGC